AUGGUGAGAACGACUGCUUCGGUCAAUGACUGGCUGACUGAGCCCCAACGGCUGGAUCGCUCGGUCGGGAUGCGAGUCCUCCGAGGAUCGAUUGGACUGUUUGGCGUGCUUGCGUCAAUCCCUUUCCUGGUUCUCGCCGGAGUCGCCUUUGAUCGAGUCGGCCGGGAGGUGGACCAAAAGGAUUGGGACCGCAUCCAGAGCGGCAUGUCGGCGGCCGUGACAGCAUUUCCGAUCAUCUUUGCGGCGGUCAUGGGUCGGCUGCUGAAGGCCAUUGCCACCUGGCAACUCGAGAAGGGCGCACGACUGGGAAUUCUCGAGCAGUUGCUGGGUAGCUCGACCGUCGCCGGCGCCUUCACCACUCAGCUUUUCUUGCGGUCGUUCAAUCUCCUUGGAUUGGGCCUCUUGCUGCUAUGGGCGUUGUCGCCUCUGGGAGGACAGUCGUCGCUGCAUAUUCUUCAUACCACACGGCAGGCGAACAUCACGGCGGCGAAUAUCACCUAUCUUGAUUCAACAAUUCAGCCAGCGGCCAAUAUCGGGGGCGAUGUGGAGACCACCACAUCCCAGCAGGACGCGCUCUAUCUUUCACUACUGCUGUCUCCUGCAUCUGUCAAACAAUCGCCCAUGGACUUGUGGGGGAACGUCAAGAUCCCCCUUAUGUCUCGGCUGAACACCACCGCCAACGAGACAGGAUGGCGGCACAUCUUGGAUUCCUCUGUCAUCUCGUAUGCAUCGCUAAUGGGAGUUCCGAUGGAAGGUAUCACAGCGCGUGGGAACACGUCGUUCCAUCUCGAGACGUCCUAUUACGACCUCGAUUGCUUCGACAUCAGUAUGCAGCAACGGGCCAUCCCAUUCACUGAGGAUAGCUCGCUGAACUUUACCUCCCUCGGUCUACCAGGGGUGCAUGUCGCCGCCACGCCAAAAGGGACCUUCCUCGGCGGCAAUGGCAGUCUGUCUUGUCCCAUGGGCUGUUCGCUAUCAUUCAAACUCGGCCUCGACCGGUACAUCUCCACUGGCAUCUCCGCCAACCUCAUGGCCUUUCCAAAUAUCACCGGCAACGAGCAGACUUACUUCCCGGACCCGCCCAUCUUCAUGUUCCAAUCUCGCUGGUGGGGGGGGCCUGGUAUCACUUCAUUCACCACCGCCUACUGUCACCUCUACCAGAUCUACGUCGAAACCGCGGUGACGUGUGUCAGCGAUGGUGCCUCCACGCCGCAGUGCGCGGUCACAGCAAUGCGCGACAGUCUCCGGCCUCACCCGGCCAAGGACGUGACCUUCUUCCUUUCGGCACUCAUUAUGCAGAACUUCGCCGACAGACUGGUGGCCGGGUCAUCCCGCGGCCACGCCGCAACCAGCUCCCUGACGGAGCGGUACAUGAACAACACCGCGAACCCCAUGCUCGCAGACGUCCGGGGUGACCUGCCGCUGUUCCAGCUGCCGCCGAGGACCUUCUCGGAGCGCUUGUCGCAGGUCAUCAACACCUACUACCUAGCCGGCCUGCAGCCCUUUGGGACGACGGGCAACCUCUCUGCAGGAGCCGAGAUCGGUCCCCGCUAUGCGCCCCUCUCGGCGACGGGCCUGCGCUCCGUCUGGAAUCCCACGCGCUACCAAAUCAACGCCGGCUGGAUGUUCAUGUUCCUCCUGGCGACGAUUACCAUGCUCGUCGCCGCGAUCGCGUGCGGCAUCCUCAUCGACCGCACCAUCGUCCCGGACAUACUGGGCGCCGUGUCCAGUAUGACACGAGACUCGACCCGUGAGCCCUUCCCCCACGGGGGCAGCACUCUCGACGGCCUCGAUCGCGCGCGAUUACUGAAGGAGGUGUCCGUUCGUCUCGGGGAAGUCCGGGACGACAGCUCCUCGACCAGGUAUCUCACCUUUACUGGAUCGGAGUUUUCGACCCGUGCGCAGCGCGAGCGUUUGUAUGAGUAA